GUCUUCCUCAUCUCCGGGUUGGUGUUGCGAACAGAAGACAUCAAGCGGGCGCUGUCCUAUUGGCCAGGCAUUGUGUACGGCUUUGUGGGGAUCCUCGCGCUGACACCCUUCCUAGGCUUUGCCUUGCGGGAGUUGCCUCUGACGCCGCCCGAGUUUGCCUCCGGCCUCACCAUCUUUGCCGCCGUCCCGACCACCCUGGGCGUGGGCGAGGCGCUGGUGCGCGCCUCAGGCGGCAACGCGGCGCUGGCGCUGCUCCUGCUGGUGGGCACCAACGCGCUGGGCAUCGCCACCAUGCCGCCCUGGCUCAAGGUGCUGCUGUCAAGCGUGGAUGGCUACCAUGUGGCGGUGGAUGCGCUGUCGCUGUUCACCAAGCUGCUGGCCACGGUGCUGGCGCCCGCGGUCGUCGGCAAGGCGGCCCGCGAGCUCAUCCGCCCGGUGGGGCGCUGGGCCACCCGGUACAAGCAGCCGCUGGGCAUGCUGAGCACGGUGCAGCUGGCGCUGAUCAUCUGGCAGACGCUGAGCGGGGCGCAGGAUGUGCUGGUGCAGCAGUCCUUCCUCGACAUCUUCAUCGUAAUCGUGGCCGCCGUGCUCAUGCACGGUUUCUACCUGGCCUUCAACGCCGCCGCCACGGUCUGGGUGCUGCGCAUGCCGCUCAAGGAGGCGAUUGCCGCCACCAUCAUGUCCAGCCAGAAGAGCGCCCCCGUGGCAGUGACCGUCAUCAGCUACCUGACGAGCGACGUGACGCAGCAAGGCCUGCUGGCGGUGCCCUGCAUCGUGGGCCAGCUGGCGCAGGUGUGCGUCAGCUCAGUCACGAAGCUCCAACAAACUGCUGUCCAUCCACGCCCCCUCAUCAUGACCAAACACUAUGGGCACUGUUCCUUGCCCCUUGAUUGCAGAUCUUCAUGGGCAGCUUCUUCGCCCCGUUUUUGA